AUGGCUGUGUUCGUCACCGUGGCUCUCCUGGCUGUGGCAUGCCCUUUAAUGGCAUUCGACAUGGGUCAGUCCACUCGUUGCGUCGCUAUUCCUAACCAGAUGAAAGUUUGCAAAGAUGUUGGAUACUCUGAGAUGCGGCUGCCCAAUUUUUUGGGUCACAGCAACCUGGAAGCCGAGGUGGUGCCACGUUCAGAGGACUGGAGGCCUCUGCUGCAGACAGGCUGCCACCCUCAAGCCCAGGCCUUCCUCUGCUCCCUCAUUGCCCCCGUCUGCCUUGACACUUUUAUCCAGCCAUGCCGUAGUCUGUGUGUGGCAGUGAGGGACAGCUGUGCCCCGGUGCUCGCCUGCCAGGGUCACCCAUGGCCUGAGGCACUUGAUUGUGACCGCUUUCCUGCUGAGGAAGACAUGUGCCUUACUCCCCAUGCAAAAUUUAGCCAGAUUGCCAAAGAAUUGCCCAAACCCGCCUGCCAGAACUGUCCCUCUGUGGAAGAGGCUCCUGCAAUGAAAACAGUCCUGGAUGCUUUUUGUCAGCAUGACUUCGCUGUGACUGCCAAGCUUCAUCGUCGUCGCCUGCCCAUGGGAGAGCCAGAAUUUGAGGUUGAGGGCCGGGUUGAGUUUGUCCGUCAAGGACCUCUGCUGCCUUACGACACCCAGCACCUCCUCCAGCAGUGGAUGCUCAUCAACAUUAAAUGUGCCAAUGCUCUUGUGCGCCCUGGACGUUCGCAGCUUUACCUGCUGACUGGUUCUGUACAGCCUGACGGCACCCUUGCUCUCACCCGUCUCUUCCCUUGGCACAAAAAAGACAUAAACAUUGCGCUGGCCACUCGCAAGUGGAAGCACCACAGAUGUUGA